AUGGAAUCUAGUAAACCUGAACCUUUAAAUGAAAACAUUUUCAACAAUGAAGAGCCUGCCGAGGAGCCUGCAGCACAAUUUGAAACACAGGAAGAAACAGAAAUUCACAAGAAAUCAAUAAACUCACCUGGGGUGACAACCAAAAGAAAAAGAACGAUCGUGGAAGAUAAAAGGGAAGCUGAAAAAAAGAGAAGGGAAGAAGCAAAGCAACAAAGGCAUAUGGAAAGAAUGCAGGCAGGGAAUAGAAGUGGAAAAAGAGAAGGUUGUAUAAUUUUCGGCUCCGACCAAGAAGUUGCCGAAUUAAUGAAGGCAGUUAGAAGAUGUAACGCUACUGGUUCAUUUUCCUGGAUCGGUUCAGAUGGAUGGAGCGCCCGAUCUUUAGUGUCCGACGGUAACGAAGCUGAAGUUGAAGGUACAUUAUCGGUACAGCCCCAAGCUAAUCCUGUUCAAGGUUUUAAAGAGUACUUUUUGUCGCUGAACGUCGAAAAUAAUCCGAGGAAUCCGUGGUUUAUUGUUUGUGAUAUCCUUUAG